UGAAGAGCCUCGUAGCGCCCGCUUGCCGGUGUUCCGCGCGCGCUCGGCGCCUGCGCCCGGGGCCACUGCGACGGCGGCGGCGGCGGCGGAGGGCGGCAUGCCUGCAGAGCGGCGGACCGCAUCGCGGCCGGACGCCACCAGCGGAAAUGCUGUCACGUGACGACGAUGUCAUAUGGGUUCGUGGAUCAGCACGGCCACGUGCAUCUUCCAUUGGAGGCGGUGGACUCUUCACUCAACAGACACGACAGCUGCUGCGCGGCUGACGAGAGACUAGCUUCCCAACCUUCGCAGGGCCUUGACCAUGGAGGCAUGCGGCGGCGAUGCCAACGGCUCGUGCGUCGCGGGCGGCAGCAACAACGAGAGCGGCGUGGACGGUGGGCCCGAGGCGCCGUUCAGCCCGUGGCUGACGGUUCUCAUCGGCCUGUUGAUCGGCCUCUGCAUCGUGCUCACCGUGGCUGGCAACCUCCUGGUGCUGGCCGCGUUCGUCGUCGAGCGAGCCAUCCGGCAGCCGAGCAACUACUUCAUCGCCUCGUUGGCGCUCUCCGACCUGCUCAUCGGGCUCGUCUCGAUGCCCUUCUACGCCGUGUACGUGCUGGUGGGCCGCUGGGAGCUGGGCGCCGUGCCGUGCGACCUGUGGCUCGCCACGGACCACACCGUGUGCCUCGUGUCCAUCUACACGGUGCUGCUGAUCACCAUCGAUCGCUACUGCUCGGUCAAGAUAGCGGCCCGCUACCGCAACUGGCGCACGCGUGGCCGCGUCGCCUCCAUGCUGGCGGCCACCUGGGUGCUGCCGUUCGUCGUCUUCUUCGUCAGCAUCAUGGGCUGGGAGCACUUCACCGGCGUGCGAGACCUCGAGCCGGGCGAGUGCGCCGUCCAGUUUCUCAAGGACCCCGUGUUCAACACGUCGCUCAUAUUCGGCUACUUCUACGCCACGCUGGUCGUGCUCUUCGUGCUCUACGGCGGCAUCUACCGCACGGCGCGCGACAUGCAGCGGCGCUCGGCGGCCAAGCAACGGCGCAUGCAGCUGCUAGUUGCCAUCGGUCGUCGGCCCCCGCCCCAGACCACCGUCGACCGAUCGAGCAGCCCGGAGUCGGACGACGACGAGGCGACGUCGCAGCAUCAGAGGGAGGCGCCGCAGCGUAGGGACAGCAGCCGGUCCCGGGGCGGAGGCCGGCGUCGCGUCGCGGGUGGGACUGAAGGCCAGGACGACAAGAACUCCGGAACCAAGGGAACGGCCACACCGGCGGUCAAGCUCGUGGUCGUCGAGACCUCGGCCGGAAGCGGGAGUGGGUCCACCACGACGACGACGACGACAACCGCGAUAGCGGCGACUGCGCGGGCGCUGCUGCCGGGCGCCCUGUCGCGCGAGUCGUCCACCCGCAGCCGGCUCGUGUCGUCCUUCAGCAAGCGCAAGAAGGAGCACAAGUCCGAGAACAACCGGGCGCGAAAGGCGUUGCGCACCAUCUCGUUCAUCCUGGGAGCGUUCGUGAUCUGCUGGACGCCGUACCACAUCUGCGCGCUCGUCGAAGGGUUUUGCGCCGACUCGGCUGGCUGCGUCAACCACCACCUCUUCUACUUCACCUACUUCCUCUGCUAUGCAAACAGCCCCAUCAACCCGUUCUGCUACGCCUUGGCCAACCAACAGUUCAAGAAGACCUUCUACAGGCUGCUGCGUGGUGACCUGCACAAGACCUAGAGAGGAAAGAAUGUCUCAAAGAGUGAAGAAGAGAGCCCAGUCAGUUCGCGUACACAUGUGUGAUUCCGAUGUGUUGCUUCGUCGUCGUCGUCGUCGUCGUCAAUGUGCCUGAGUGCAAAGGCAGGCCGACCGCCUUGUUUCCACGCCACUCACUCUGUCCGGUCCAGCGCUGUGUCUCUCUUUCCUCGGUUGUGUUUUUUUUUCUCUUCGAACGCCACAUUUGCCUCGGUCCUCAAGUUGUGUGCUAGACUCGUCAUCGAAGGAUACAGAAAAGAAGAGAGCAAGCGACGUCACUUGUGUCAACCCCGCGUGAGCGCCCACAAGGCGCUAAAAUAAACACAAGCUUGCCGCUUUCAAUCUUUUUUUUUUUACAUACUGUGUGCGCAUUGCGGUGAAUCGACUGCGCGGCGACGUUACUUAGUGACAUAUCCCAAGACCGCCUCCACACGAAAAACGAACUUAGGGUUACCGUUUUCAUAGUUAUCGUUAGCUUUAACGUCGAGUCAGAAGGAACGAAGAACCCGGGCUAGCGUAUAUAGUUCGUCGGUAUUGGUGUUAGUGGUAGAUAUAAACCGAUGUGAUAUGCAGGAGUGUAGAGUACGUGCACUUUUGUGAGAUGAAAUGCGGAGGAAAGAAAUACAAGUUGAGUUUCAAAUAUU